AUGUCCCUCACCAUGCCCGCCAAAUCGCGCUUCGGCCGCCUGGACGCCUUCACCAAGACCGUCGAGGACGCCCGCAUCCGCACCACCUCUGGCGGCAUCGUCACCCUCGCCAGCGUCCUGCUCAUCCUCAUCCUCACCUGGAGCGAAUACGCCGAUUACCGCCGCCUGAUCAUCAAGCCCGAACUCAUCGUUGACAAAGGCCGCGGCGAGAAGAUGGAGAUCCACAUGAACAUCUCCUUCCCCCGCAUGCCCUGCGAGCUGUUGACACUAGACGUCAUGGACGUGUCGGGAGAAGUACAGAGCGGCGUCAUGCACGGCGUGAACAAAGUGCGACUCCAGAGUGAAAGCGACGGGGGGCGGGAAAUCGAAACCAAAGCCCUCGACCUCCACGAAGAAGGCGGUCCGCAUCUCAAUCCCGACUACUGCGGCGAAUGCUACGGCGCGCCCGCCCCUUCCAACGCCGCCAAACCCGGCUGCUGCAACACUUGCGCUGAAGUGCGGGACGCCUACGCCAGCGUCUCGUGGUCCUUCGGCCGCGGAGAGGGCGUCGAGCAAUGCCAACGCGAACACUACAGCGAGCACCUCGACGAGCAGCGGCGAGAGGGGUGUAGGAUCGAAGGCGGCAUUCGCGUGAAUAAAGUUAUUGGCAACUUCCACUUUGCGCCGGGCAAGUCCUUUUCAAAUGGGAACAUGCACGUCCACGACCUGGACAACUACUUCAACUCUAACGGCGUGGAGCACACCUUCACGCAUAAGAUCCACCACCUCCGCUUCGGGCCUGAACUGCCAAAAUCCGUCGUCGAGAAGGUCGGCAAAAAAGGCAUGGCGUGGUCGAACCACCACCUCAACCCCUUGGACGACACGGAGCAGAAAACGGACGAGAAGCCGUUUAAUUUCAUGUACUUUGUCAAAGUCGUGUCGACCGCUUACUUACCCCUGGGUUGGGAGAGGACGGGCAGUAUCCUGGAUAUCCCGCAUGAGCUCGUCGAGCUCGGGGGGUACGGACAGGGUGAUGAUGGCGGGAGUAUCGAGACGCAUCAGUAUUCCGUUACUUCUCAUAAGCGCAGCUUGACUGGUGGCGAUGCGGAACAAGAGGGGCAUAAAGAGCGCUUGCAUGCGCGGGGCGGGAUCCCGGGGGUGUUUUUCUCUUAUGACAUCUCCCCCAUGAAAGUCAUCAACCGCGAAGCGCGCGCAAAGUCCUUCUCCGCCUUUCUCGUCGGCGUGUGUGCGGUCGUGGGCGGGACGUUGACGGUGGCGGCUGCCGUGGAUCGGGUGUUGUAUGAGGGCAACCAGCGGAUACGGAAGAUGCAUACGAGCUGA